GGGGCUUUGUUCUGUCUCCCUCCGUGGAUCGAUUCAUCGAUCGAUUGAUUGAUCUUCAGAGCAGGCCAGCAUGGAUGUGACUCUGUCCGAACUCCUGGUGGCCUUUUUGGACUCACCGCUCGUGCUGUGGGUGCGGACUUUAGGGCCGCUGGGGUCAUGUGACCAAGUGGGCUGCGAGGAGCGUGUCAACAUCUUCAUCGAGCUGGUGGAUGGAGUCUUCUUGCACAACAUCAUGACACACAUUGACCCCAGCACCAAUAGCCAGAGGCCGAACAAGAAUGUGGGAAAUGAUGUGUCACUUCGCCUUCACAACUUGACCCUUCUCACCAGACACAUCAGGACGUACUACCAGGACACCCUUCAGCAGUUAAUAGUCAUGCCCCUUCCAAACAUCGUCUGCAUUGCCAGGGAUCCUCUAUCAGCAAAGAGCAUGGAGGAGCUGAAAAGACUGUUACUGUUGAUCCUGGGUUGUGCCGUGCAGUGCGAGCGUAAGGAGGAGAUGAUUGACAAGAUCAAACUGCUGGACAUUGAGACGCAGGCGGCCAUUGUGUCCUACAUCCAGGAGGUGACCCACAACCAGCAGAACGUCCUUGACCUGUCAUGGCUGGAGGAAGAAGCAGGACUUGCCCAGGAAGUGCUGGAGCCUUUGUCUCGCAGCAUGGCCACGUCACUGCGCCACCUGGUGGAGCAGAGAGACAUGGCCAGUGAGGUGAUAGUGGAGCUGAGCAGUGAGAGAGACUACAUGGAGAGAGCAGACCUGCAGGUGAACAAUGGAGGAUCAUCCUUGACCAAAGAAGAGAAGCAGCAUCUGUCCGUGGAGUUAGCUGACACCAAGGCCAAACUUCGCAGAUCCAGACAAGAACUGGAGGAGAAGACGGAGCACUUAAUGGAUUCCAGACAUGAGGUGGAGCGUCAAGAUCAGGAGCUCCAAAGACUUAAACAAGAGAACCAGUCACUGUCCUGCGAGGCUCGCUCAGUGCGGCUUUAUCGGGACGAAGUGGACUCUUUGCGGGAGAAAGGUGCCCGGGUGGAGCGACUGGAAACAGAGCUGAGUCGAUGUAAGGAGAAGCUGAAUGAUGUUCACUUCUACAAGGCCAGGAUGGAGGAGCUCCGUGAGGACAACCUGACUCUGCUGGAGACCAAGAUGUUGUUGGAGGAGCAGCUGGCCGCCUCCAGGGGGCGCUGUGACAAAGUGCACACCUUGGAGAAGGACAACCUGCUGCUGCAGGCCAAAAUACACCACUUGGAAAUGGAGAGAGAGAGUGAGCGUCAGAGAGUGGAAGAGUUACAGGAAGAGAACAUGCUGCUGGAGAUAGGACAGAAACAGAGUAUGAACGAAUCAGCUCAUCUUGGAUGGGAACUGGAACAACUCAGCAAACACCAGGAUAAUUGUAGCUCAGAGACUCGGAAAUCCUUCGUACACGAGCUCAAUGAGUGUGUUUCCAGCCGGGUUUUAAAGCUGGAGAAGGAGAACGGGGAGCUCCAAGCCUCUGUUGAGAGACUGAAAGAAGAGAAGCACCUCCUGCAGGAGAGAGAGCUCCAUGGCCAAGUGCUGGACCAAGAGAACCAGACUCUCAGCAAGAAGGUGGAACAUCUCCAGGCCUUGUUGGACCAGGAGAAAGUGACCAACCAAGACAUGGAGUCUCUUGGAGAGGAACUGUUGAAGGACAAACACCUUCUGGAAGGACAGAUGCAGCUUCUCAGAGCAGACAAAGACAGACAGAUCUCUGAAUUGGAGAGCAAGAAGCAGAACCUGUCUGACGCGGUGGUGUCGCUCCGUGAGCGCACUCAGGCCAACGCUGAGACCGGGAUCCCCCAGGUGGAGGCUGAGAAGCGCCUGCUACACCAGCGCUUUACCCACACCAGCGCCCGCUUAGCCAGCCUGGAGAUUGAAGUCAAGCUCUCCAAAGAAGAAGAAGUGUGUCUGAGGGAGAGGGCGGGGAGAUGUGAGGAAGUGGAGAGUGAGAUGUCUCGUGUGGAGAGAAGCAGGGACGCUCUCAGCAGAAAGGUGGCAGCUCUGCGGGCCUGCAGUGACACUUCAGAAGUUGUGGAGAAGCAGGUGUCCUCCAUGCAGCAGGAGAUGCUCGGACUCAAACGGGAGUUGGAGGAGGCCGAGCAAGAGCUUCAACAACUGAAAGCAGACAAGCAGGAAAACCUGGAGCUCCGUUGCUGUGUGGAAAAUCUGCGUUCAUCUUCUGCUCUGCUCACCAAACAACUGCAGGAAAGUAAGGAGGUGCAGAGACAAUCGCAAGAGGUGCAGACAAGGUUUGAGGAGGUGGAGGCGGAGUUGCAAGGAGAGAGGAAGAGAAGCGAGAGACUGGAGGGGAAUGUUGCCACGGUAAACCAGGAGAAGUUCCAUCUCAAGGCCCGUGUGGAAAAGUUGAAGGAGGAGAGAGACGAAGAAGGCCGAGAGAAGAAGGGAGCCUUGAGUCGGCUGGAGGAGCUGAAGAAGGAAAUAGAGCAGCUCAGUCGGGAGCAGAGGAGGCGAGAGGAAGGCCACAAGGACAGAGAGAGGCUUCAGCUGGACCUGGACCAGUCGGACAAGACUAGGAAGCAUCUGGAGAAGGAGAACUGGAGGAUGACAAUGCUCCUGGACAAGAAGGAGGCCGAGCUGGAGGAGAAGGUCAGGCAGUUGGCGAGCGUGCAGAGGGACGUCCUAACUAUGAGCAGGGAGGGGGAUCGGCUGAAGGAGGCCACGCUCAAGGCCAAGGAAUGGGAGGGAGACUACAAGGAGCUGCAGAAACAAGCCACCAUGGACAAGAGGACUUUGGUUACUCUGAGAGAGGAGUUGGUGUCGGAGAAGUUGAGCGUCCAGCAGCACCGUGUGGAGUUGGAGAGACUCAAUGAAGAACUGGAGAAGGUUGGACUCACCCGAGAAAGACUACUGCAGCAGGAGCAGUCUCUGGAGGAAAGCAAAUACAAGCUGCUUGAAUCCCGACUUGAGGAAACAGUGCAACAGGCGAUGAAGAUGAAAGAAGGGAAGUUGGCCAGUCUGCAGAAGAAACUGGAGGAGAGCAACACACACAACACAACUCUGCGUGCACAGCUGGCAGCUGCUCUCCAGAAAGAAGAAGGUCACAACCUGCAGGAGUUCUCCAAAGAUGAGCGACGACACUCGGCCACCACUGAGUUGCUUCAUAUCAAAGAUCAUCUAAUUGAAGUGGAAAAGAGUGUUGACGGCACAGACUACUCCCCUCCUAGGCUCCUCCCACCUCCCAGGCUCCUCCCACCUGCCCUUCACGGGCCCACAUCAGUCGGAGCCGCGACUGACGAUGACGACACCAUGCAGGAGCCUCGGUGA